AUGGACACGCCCGACCGCGCGGCGGCCCCGGCGGCGGCGGCCAGGGCGGAGGACUCGCCGCUUUUCGGCUUCAUCGACAGCUUGUCUCCGAUCGAGCCUCUCAAGUCCGCCUACUCCGGGAACGGCCUCCAAGCGUACCAUCAGUCGCUCAACGCCGCCUCCGUUUCCUCAAUCUUCACGUCCCCGCAUCACAACGCGCACAAGGAGGGAUCAAAGCUCUCCAAGAGCUCUUUUGGUGACUACACUGAAAACGAGAUUAGCAUGGAGGACGGCACUGAUAAAAACAAGUCACCCACUUCUUCAACGGCCGUUAGAUUGUUCGCCUGCACUAGCACCAUAACUCGAGAGAGCCACACGAUGAUUACCUGCUCAGUAAAUGAAGGCAUUGUUGAUCCUCCCAAAGGGCCUAAUGAUUUGCCUCAACCUGGUCGAUUCGAUUCUGGCAGUCCGGAUCACAACACAGCGCCUUGCCACGGUGUUAGUGUUAGAUCGGAUCUUAAACAGGACAAAUGUCCGAAAUUAGAAGCGGUCCAAGCCACUAAUAAUACUGUGGAGAAAAGGAAAUGUUUGUUUUCCAGUGACAUGCAGCCCCAGGAUGGUUGCCAGCCUGCAAAAGAAAAUAAUGAAGUUAUGGGAUGUGAAUGGGAGGACUUAGUUUCUGGCACUUCGGGCGAACUUUUGGCCUUUGACUCAUCAAUGGACCAACAUCACACAGGAGUUCAGCUGGCAGCUAAUAAUGCAGAAUCUUGUGGAUAUUUGCUAUCAAAACUUGCAGGAGGUGCUGACAUCCCUGAUAGAACACACCCCACUACAUCCAGUCAAGCAUACUAUCAUGAGAUGGUAGUGGGAGAAGAUAAGACAGAAAAUGGCCAGCUCUUUCCGGAAGAUAAAAAAACAAUCUUAAGUGAAGAAAUACAGGAUAAUAUUAAUGAAGAGAAUGCAUGUAUUCCAUUAGGCUGCAAGGUUGAGACCCAACAACGAGGAGUUCGAAGACGCUGCCUUGUUUUUGAGGCAUCUGGGUAUUCACAUAGGACUGUGCAGAAAGAAUCUGUUGGGGAUUUGUCCUUCUCAACAUCCAAAGGCAAAAGUUCUGCACAAAAUCACAGAAAUCCAGGAAAAACUCCAUCACCACACGUAUUCCGUGGUAUUGGUCUUCAUUUGAAUGCUCUUGCCUUAACAUCAAAAGACAAAAUGGCCUGUCAGGAUCCUUUGGCUACUGCCUUGGUUCCAUCACUGAAAACUGAACAGGACGUGCAUGGGAACUUGCUGUCUGCUGGAGGAAAUUUUGUCCAUUCAGGCAGUGGUUCGUUAGACCUUCAGAUGGAUAAUGAUGAUUGCUCAGUUGGAGGUUUUCUUGGAAAUGAUCAUAAUUCAAGUCAAAGCAGCAGCCCCCCAAAGAAGAGGCGUAAAUCAGAUAAUGGCGACGAUGAUUCAUGCAAGCGUUGCAGCUGUAAAAAGUCAAAGUGCUUGAAACUUUAUUGUGAGUGCUUUGCUGCUGGCGUGUACUGUUCUGAACCUUGUUCAUGUCAAGGAUGUCUUAACAAGCCUAUACAUGAGGAAAUUGUUCUCUCCACCCGAAAGCAGAUAGAAUUCCGGAAUCCGCUGGCAUUUGCUCCAAAAGUGAUCCGCAUGUCUGAGGCUGGUCAGGAGACUCAGGAAGAUCCUAAAAACACUCCUGCUUCUGCUCGUCAUAAGAGAGGAUGCAAUUGCAAGAAGUCAAGCUGUCUCAAGAAGUACUGUGAAUGCUAUCAGGGAGGUGUUGGUUGCUCCAACAACUGCAGAUGCGAAACCUGCAAAAACACUUUUGGCACUAGAGAUGUUGCCGUAUCAACUGAGAAUGAAGAAAUGAAGCAAGAAGGCGAUCAGACCGAAAAUCGUGAACAAGAGAAGGAAAAUGACCAACAAAAGGCUAAUGUACACAGUGAAAAUCACAAACUGGUUGAGCUUGUCGUCCCAAUAACACCACCUCUGGAUGUUUCCAGUUGUUUGCUCAAACAGCCAAACUUCUCAAAUGCAAAGCCACCUAGACCAUGCAAAGCCCGCAGCGGGAGUUCCUCCCGGCCCUCAAAAGCCUCUGAAACAGUUCAGUCUCGCAAGACCUCGAAGGCCGGUGACAGCGUGUUCAUCGAGGAAAUGCCUGGUAUUCUAAGGGAGCCUUCUUCUCCUGGCAUCGUCAAGACGUGCUCCCCUAACGGAAAAAGAGUGUCACCGCCGCAUAAUGCGCUCGGCGUUUCACCAAGCCGAAAAGGAGGGCGGAAGCUGAUACUGAAAUCCAUCCCCUCGUUUCCGUCACUGGCCGGAGACGCGAACGGCGGGUCCGCAACAUGCAGCUCCGACAGCGCAACAGCUCUUGCUCUAGGUCCGUCUUAG